GACCGUAUGACGUCACCGCCCGAGUGAGCGCGCGACAGUCAAAAUAUCAACAGUAGCAUCCUAGCAGCCAGUUUAACUCUGUUAACUUCUUUUGUAUUGGGUCCUCUGUAAAGGUGAUCUGCUGUACACUUGUGUAAUGGGCUCAAAGGUGAUAUCCAGAGCGAAGGAGUUUUAUAAUAUUCUUCGGGCUCUUCAAGAUGAGGAAAGCAACGAUUCAUGUACAUAUGAGGAGGACAUCCAAAUGUUAAAGAUGAAUGGAGACAGAAUCCCUGUGCUGAAUAUGUACUGUGGCAACCAGCCAGUCCUCAUCUGUCAAAAAGUUGUUCCAAAAAUAAAUGAACCUGAUGACCAACCAACGACUGAAACAUCAAACUGCACUGACAACGAUGAUGAUGCUGAUGCUGAUGAUCAUGUUGAUGCCAAUGCUCUUCAGGCAGAAUUGGGUCCACAGCCGCUCACAAUCAUGAAAGCAAGGCAAUUUCUGUCUUGGUAUACAUUAUCUCAAAAUGCUAAUGUAUCAUCUGUGGACAACAACCCUGCCUUACACCCUCUGUGGGUCCGAUGUGACAUGUCUGAUCCAGCUGGAACAACCUGGUUUGGAGCUGAAACAGUCUGCAUGGGCAAUAGAGUGUCUGGGGUCAAAUUAUACUCUGUUACCUGCAAAGGCUCAACUGUAGACAAAGGAUCUCUCAUAACCUUAGACAAGCUCAAACAAGAGCACAAGAAAAGGCACCAUCCAACCUCGAUGGCAAUCAAAGGCAGUGCCAGGUUCAACUUGUUUGGCUCCACUGUUGUGGAAAACACCAUAAUUGAGUCACAGAGUAGUGUGACAGUGGAUUUCAAAUGGAGCCAUGUGGAGAGUAUCCUUGAGACCCCACCGCUGUCCUCUAUAGCAACACUGAAUAUCAAAGUUGCCAGCAUGAACAUGAGGAGCCCAAUGUAUGAGAUGUACAGGGAGCUAGAGUUUCUUCAGAGUCUUGCUAAUGGUUUGAGAACUGGUGAAACUGAAUGGGUUGAGCCUUUGGAAAGCAUGUCAGCUGUAAAUCUGACCACGGCCUUCCUAGAAGAGCUUCAGGAUACUGCAAAGACACUACAGGAGAAGGCUGCCAAAACAGCUGAUAUCACAAAGCCGAAAACCGAGACGGACAUUUUCAACUCUUUCUUGGAACGAGGGGAUUUGGACUUUGUGGAGCAGCUGUGGGAUCGGAUGAGAAAGAGUGUGACUUCAUAUCAAGACAUUGGAGACUGCCUGAAAUUGGUCACGGAAGCUCUAAGAUACGGUGACAUCAAGCCCUGGAUUCACAGAGACAGCAGCAGCUCCCUCAGCAAGCUCAUCCUGCAGUCCUACCACCAGCAGAUUGACCAUGUGUCUCUCACCGGCGUCACCCCUGUCCAAAUGCUGCUGGAGAUGGGUCUGGACAAGAUGAGAAAGGAUUACAUUAACUACCUCAUCGGUAAAGAAUUGACAACUCUUAACCACUUGUGUUAUUACUUGAGCACAGAGGUUGAUCUGCAGGAGCAAGUGAUCCGACUCAGAAAACUGCACCAUCUCCUGGAAAUAAUAGAGAUCUGCACUACUUUCCUGUGUCUGCCCUACGACCGGCUCUUCCUUCUCACACAGUCAUGUUUGCAGCACUACAAAACACACCCAUAUGACGAGGAGCAUGAAUUCAAACUGCAAAUCAAACCCGCACUGAUCAGCCAUUUUUACCAGAAAGAGCAGCCAGUACUUUGGGGAGCUGAGGUGUCCAGCGGCCACGGUUCUCGUGAGGUCAGGACAUCCGUACAGCUCAGUGACAGACCACUCGUUGAUCAUGUCAUCUUUGAAACAGACUACCCAAAUGAAACCGUGAAUGGGGACAGUGAGACUCUUGCCUUCUUCUCCACCAUGGUGUGCUGUAGCCUCGUCAGCUUUGCGUGAAUUUACACAGAGCUCCACUUUACAACCAAGGAGGGGUUUCUUGUCAUUUUUGAUAUUCUCAUCAGCAAUAAGCAUGCGUUUAAAAUGCCAGAAGAACUAGCCAAAUUAACUUACAUGACAAAGUGUAUGUUUCUGUUAAUAGACUGUAAUUUUGUCAAAUGUUUUUGAAUAAAGCACUUUCACUCUGUUCUGUCACACUGCCA